GAGACGCUUUUCCCCGCCCCUUUUUCUCCAAGGAGCACGUGACCAGCCUUCGGGGGCGGGGCGUGUGGCGUCAGCUUCCGGGAAGGAGCCGGAUUGCUAGAGAAGGGCGGGCGGGAGAGAGAGAGAGAGGGAGAAGUUCGGGUCGCAGCAGGGGAAGCAGCAACAUGUCGAGCGCCAACAGCAGCGUCGUCGGCUACAACGAGCAGGCCGGGGAUGGGCAGCCCGAGGUCGGGCAGGAGAUGACGCCUACCAUCGCCUCCGCCUCCUCCUCCUCGGCCCCGGCGGCCUUCGGGCUCUUCAGCAGCGACACGAAGAAAAAUGAUGAUCUGAAGCAAAUGUUGGAAAGCAACAAAGAUUCUGCCAAGCUGGAUGCAAUGAAGAGAGUUGUUGGGAUGAUCGCCAGAGGCAAAAAUGCAUCUGAAUUGUUUCCUGCUGUAGUGAAGAAUGUAGCAAGUAAGAAUAUUGAGAUUAAAAAGCUUGUGUAUGUUUAUCUGAUGCGCUAUGCAGAGGAGCAGCAGGAUCUGGCACUUCUGUCAAUUAGUACCUUUCAGCGUGCACUGAAAGAUCCUAAUCAGUUAAUCCGUGCAAGUGCUUUGAGAGUUUUAUCCAGUAUCAGAGUGCCAAUUAUUGUUCCAAUUAUGAUGCUUGCUAUCAAAGAAGCAUCCACUGACUUAUCACCUUAUGUUAGAAAAAAUGCCGCCCAUGCAAUCCAAAAGCUUUACAGCCUUGAUCCUGAGCAAAAGGAAUUGUUAAUUGAAGUAAUAGAAAAACUUCUGAAAGAUAAGAGCACACUUGUAGCAGGGAGUGUUGUGAUGGCAUUUGAAGAAGUGUGCCCAGAUAGAAUAGAUUUGAUUCACAAGAACUACCGAAAGCUUUGUAAUCUGUUGGUUGAUGUGGAAGAAUGGGGACAAGUUGUCAUUAUCCACAUGCUGACUCGGUAUGCACGUACACAGUUUGUGAGCCCUUGGAAAGAGGAUGGAAUAUUUGAAGAAUAUAAUGAAAAGAAUUUCUAUGAAUCUGAUGAGGAACAGCAAGAGAAAAAUAAGAAAGCGGACAAGCCGUAUUCCAUGGACCCAGACCACAGAUUACUCAUUCGAAAUACGAAGCCUUUAUUACAGAGUCGGAAUGCUGCUGUGGUCAUGGCUGUUGCACAACUUUAUUGGCAUAUAGCACCAAAAUCUGAAGCUGGCUUUGUUGCUAAAUCAUUAGUACGAUUACUUCGUAGUAACAGGGAGGUGCAGUAUGUUGUUCUCCAGAAUAUAGCUACCAUGUCCAUCCAACGCAAGGGCAUGUUUGAGCCUCACUUGAAGAGUUUCUAUGUUAGGUCAACUGAUCCAACUAUGAUCAAAACAUUAAAGCUUGAAAUCUUAACAAAUUUAGCAAAUGAGGCUAACAUAUCAACCCUUCUGAGAGAAUUUCAGACCUAUGUGAAAAGCCAAGACAAACAGUUUGCAGCUGCUACAAUUCAGGCAAUAGGCAGAUGUGCAACCAACAUCUCUGAAGUAACUGAUACAUGCCUUAACGGCCUAGUGUGUCUGCUGUCCAAUAGGGAUGAAGUAGUAGUUGCUGAAAGCGUAGUAGUCAUUAAGAAACUGCUACAAACACAGCCAGCACACCAUGGUGAAAUAAUUAAACGCAUGGCCAAACUCUUGGACAGCAUUACUGUUCCUGUGGCAAGGGCUAGCAUCCUUUGGCUUACUGGAGAAUACUGUGAACGAGUUUCAAAAAUAGCACCCGAUGUUCUAAGAAAAAUGGCCAAAAGCUUCACUGCUGAAGAUGACCUUGUAAAGUUACAAAUUUUGAAUCUUGCAGCAAAACUAUAUUUAACCAACUCAAGACAGACAAAAUUGCUUACCCAGUACAUAUUAAAUCUCGGCAAGUAUGAUCAAAGCUACGACAUCAGAGACCGUACAAGAUUUAUUAGGCAGCUCAUUGUUCCAAACGAGAAAAGUGGAGCUUUAAGCAAGUAUGCCAAAAAAAUAUUUCUGGCACAGAAGCCUGCCCCACUGCUUGAGUCUCCUUUUAAAGACAGAGAGUACUUCCAGCUUGGUACGUUGUCCCAUACUCUGAACAUGAAAGCCAAUGGCUAUCUGGAGUUGUCUAAUUGGCCAGAGAUUGCACCUGACCCCUCAGUGAGAAAUGUAGAGAUAAUUGAGUCGGCAAAAGAAUGGCCUUCAAUGUUAGGGAAGACAAAGAAAGAGAAACCCAAUGAAAGGUUCUACUCUGAGUCAGAGGAAGAGGAGGAGGAGGAGGAUGAAGACAAGGAAAGUGAUGAUACUUCUAGCAGUAGUGACAGUGAGAGUGAAUGUGAUAGUGAAGAAGGAAAAAAGGAAGGUCAAGGAGACAGCAGUACGGAAAGUAGUGACACUUCUUCUACUGAAGAUGAGAGCAGUAGGAAAUCAAAGGCCAAAACAAUAGUCCCACAUAGAGAAGCUACGAUUUUAAAGGGUGACUCUGAAGGAACAGAAGAACAUACAGUGAAGUCAAGCUCAGAAUCAAGCUCAGUUGAGGACAGUUCUUCAGACUCCAGCUCAGAAAAUGUCACUGAAAGUAAUUUGGAAGCUAGAAAAUCAUUCCAUACAACAAGUUUUCCCAAGAGAGAAGAGAACAAUUUACAAGAGAAGAGAGCUCCCACUAAGCAAGAGAUGUCACUCUUAGAUUUGGAUGACUUCAAUCCUGUAUCAGCUCCGACAGUACUUCCCAGGGCAUCAAUUCUUUCUCCCACUUUAGCUGCUGACCUAGAAGGUUUAAGUUUGUCAAGUUCUUCAGUCAUUAAUGUCAGUGCUCCAGUCUUUGUGCCAAUGAAGACUCAUGAACUCCUUCAUCGAAUGAGUGGGAAAGGAUUAGCAGCUCACUAUCACUUCUCAAGACAACCAUGCAUUUAUAAUGACCAAAUGGUUUCUGUCCAAGUGACAUUAACAAACACCAGUGACCAGAAGAUGGAGAAUAUCCACUUAGAUGAAAGAAAGCUGCCUGCUGGCAUGAGAGUGCAUAUGUUUAACUCAAUAGAAUCUCUUGAACCUGGGAAAUCUAUUACAGUCACAAUGGGAAUUGAUUUCUGUGAUUCUACUCAGGCUGCCAGUUUUCUGUUGUGUACAAAAGGAGAUCAAUUCAGUGUUAAUAUUCAGCCUCCUGUUGGAGAGUUAUUUUUACCAGUAACGAUGUCAGAAAAGGACUUCAAGAAGGAACAAGCCUGCUUUACACGCACUCAGCAAACCAAGGUUCUUUUCCACCUCAGCAAUCGAGACAAUACAUUUGCUUACCAUGCUAAGUGUUCUUUUGCAUGUAAAUUAAUCUUGAUUCAGUUUACACUGUCAUGCUGAGUGGUACAAAUUGCCUAUAACAAUAAAACAGCAUGAGUUAAAAAUAAAAGGGGGGGUGGUAAGGCAGAUUGAAUGUGUGCCGUACUUGAUAGGAUGUUACUUUGCUUUAUGCCAAUACAUUAGUCAACGAUAAUGAAUCUUCUGUUCUGAAAAGCAUGGUUUAGUUGAUUUUUUAAAUUUUACUUCAAUGGAGCAGUACCUUGUCUUUAUAGAACAAGUUAGACAAACCAUUAAUGACAAGAGUGUUAAGGUUAAAUAUGAAGCAAUGCAUUCACUUCUCUGAGUGCUAUCCAUCUUUCCAUUUACAGGAGCUUGACAAAAGUACUGGCUUUGUACAACAUUUCCUUUAAUUACAUGCUGCAGGGAAACAGGCUUUUAACAUAAACAUAGUUGCAUUCAUUUAUUCAGCAUUUGCUCUUCAAUAGAGCUUAAUGGAGAAGGUUUAAAUCCUUAAUGAGUACACACAUCUCUCAGCAGUGUUAUGUCAGUCCUAUGCUUUGCUUAAAAGCAGAGUUAGACUGCUUGUUUACUUUUUUCAAAGCAAUUUCCUAAUGUAAAAUUUAAACCAUCUGCAACAGAAUGUACUGUUCCCAGCUAAAGUUGGUGUUGUUUUUUUUAAAGACAGAUGAUAAUCAUGGGCUGCUGGGUGUUGUUGUUUUUAAAGUAAAUCAGGUUUUUUGUUAAGGGGGAAUAAAGUCUGUUUUCUUUCACAUUUUUCCUGCAAACGUUUCUUUUAGAAUUAUACUAAAACAAGUUAAACACCAUAAUAAUCUUACAAAGAUGCAUGUUCUGCUUCUAGUGCUAGAUAUUACUAUUUAUUACUUGCCUGCUUAGGGCACGUCAGAAUGGCCCUGGGGUAGGAAUUGGAUUUGCUUUUUCAGUACAUGUGAUCCCAAUAGGCGAAGGGCAUAUGUGUCUCAAUUCCUUGGCUGUCUGCACAGUAAAGUCCUGUGGCACAUUAACUUAUUAUGGCAACAGCUUUCAGAAGGCAACAGGACUACUAUGUCACAUGCAUAUUUAGAUAAAAGUGAUGAUCCUGUGUAACACCUCCUUGUUUUGUCUUUCACAUUUAUUUGCAGUAUUCUUUUCCUUUAAUACAUAGUUACUGCUUUCACAUUUUUGUGGAACUGUCUCAGACAAUGCAUUAAGUCUGUUAUCACUGUAGAAUCUGGAUCAAGUUUUGAGCCAGAGAACUUCCUAUUAGACAAUUCUCAGUAACUAGUGUUCAGCGUAGAAACGUAGUGAUUCCUGAAACCCUGGUAUUAGCCCACCAUUUAAUGUUUUAAAAAGCAUAUGAUUUGAUUUUUGGAACACAGUUUAAGGGUAAAUGGGAACGCUAUAUUUGACACUGUACUUUAUUUUAUACAAAUUGUUCCAUUGCUUUAUGUUUUGUAAAAACUGUAACUAGAUACUGUUAAUGAACAUGCAAAUAUAUUAUUAUUAUGAUUAGGCUUGUUUUAUCAGUACUCUACCCUUCCUUAUAAGAUUCCAGGGCAGCUAAGUGUGUGUACGAUCUUCAUGUAUAAUAUAUUCAUGCUACAGCUGGGUAGGUCAUGGUUUGGGGGGGCGGGGAGAGGUGUUGUCAUGAACAACUGCAAAAUUAUUUUUAAAAUGCCUGAAAAUAGAUUCAUUGUGUAAUUUGGAAAUUUCAGUGGAGCUUAUUUUGUGUUUUUGAAAAGCAUAUAGAAACUUUAAAUUUUCAACUUUUGGCAAGAGCUAUAUAAAUUAUAACUUUACAAAAUCUUUGCAAAUGUCACUUCAUGUAUAUAAAAGUUUUGUUUUACCA